CAGGGAUCCCCAUUCUCCUCACUAAUUCAUGUGUGUUCCCCCUGCAAGCUUUCUCCUUGGUCAAAAAGGAUGAUUUUAUCAGAAGAGAGCAAGAAUGAAUGACUGGGUUUCCUGCAAAAACUUCAAAUAAGUUGUUAUUUAAUUAGAACGGUGUUCUCCAAUGUUGGAUGAGAUGUAUGUAGGAGCAAGGGGUGAUUACUGACUUUGUCUGACCUUGGGAAAGAGAAGAGUAGAGAAGAAGUUGUCCUUUUGGAUUUUGUCUUUUCCCAAACCAAGAGAUCAGCUUUUUAUAAGGUGUGAAUAAUAAUUUUCAUGAUUCAUAUAUUUACAUAUGAAGACAAUUAUAGAGCUCGUUUCCUAGAAUGAUAGCUACGUGGUUGAUUUGUAGAUUCAUUGCCCAGUUUAGGAUUUCCACUUUGGGCACUCCUAGGGAAUAACUAGUUUUUUUUUUUUUUUUUUCCUUUCAUGUCUUGCUUUACAUGUAAUGUAUGUGCAAGACAAUCCUUUGAAAUACAGGAAGAAAAACAUAUAAAUUAACUAUAUAUUACUUACCUUUGCACUAACCCUAAAACUGGAAAUCUCUUUCUAUACAAUGUUUUUUAUUAAAUAUAUAGUUUACAUCAGAUGUUACUGCUGUAUCACUCCUCAGUUCAACUUACCUGGCAAUCUCACUGUUCCCCUUUCCAUUUCCUAUGACUCUAACCCAAGAAUCACCAUUUAUGAAAAUUUCAUCUGCAGAACCUUGGCCUGAAAAUGCUACGUUAUAUCAGCAAUUGAAAGGGGAGCAAAUUUUACUUUCUGACAAUGCAGCUUCUCUUGCAGUGCAGGCCUUUUUGCAAAUGUGUAACUUGCCUAUCAAAGUAGUUUGUAGGGCAAAUGCAGAAUAUAUGUCUCCAUCUGGUAAAGUACCUUUUAUUCAUGUGGGAAAUCAAGUAGUAUCAGAACUUGGUCCAAUAGUCCAAUUUGUUAAAGCCAAGGGCCAUUCUCUUAGUGAUGGGCUGGGUGAAGUCCAAAAAGCAGAAAUGAAAGCUUACAUGGAAUUAGUCAACAAUAUGCUGUUGACUGCAGAGCUGUAUCUUCAGUGGUGUGAUGAAGCCACAGUAGGGGAGAUCACUCAUGCUAGGUAUGGAUCUCCUUACCCUUGGCCUCUGAAUCACAUUUUGGCCUAUCAGAAACAGUGGGAAGUCAAGCGUAAGAUGAAAGCUAUUGGAUGGGGAAAGAAGACUCUGGACCAGGUCUUAGAGGAUGUAGACCAAUGCUGUCAAGCUCUCUCUCAAAGACUGGGAACACAACCAUAUUUCUUCAAUAAGCAGCCUACUGAACUUGAUGCACUGGUAUUUGGCCAUCUGUACACCAUUCUUACUACACAGUUGACAAAUGAUGAACUUUCUGAGAAGGUGAAAAACUAUAGCAACCUCCUUGCUUUCUGUAGGAGAAUUGAACAGCACUAUUUUGAAGAUCGUGGUAAAGGCAGGCUGUCAUAGAGUUAUGUGUUAGUCUCAGAAGUCUUAACUUUUGAAAGAUGUUUUACUUGAAUGUUAGAUAUUGAUGUCAGAAUUUUAAAACCAAAUUACUGCUUUUUGAAACCUCAAAACAAAUUAUAUAAUGUAUCUUAUAUAUGUGCUUUAUAUUGUUAUUUGUGUGUACAUUAAAAUCUGAAUUAUUUCAUCUGAUAUGUCAUAUUCUGUAUCUUGAAAUUUUUGUUUCCUUGAAACAUGCAUGCAUAUAAAAAUAAAGCUUAAACAACUGUAUGGAUAUUACAUUUA